GAACCUUAAACAAGCCGCCUCUUCGUGUCAAACACACAUCGAUCAGUCCGCUCUCUGCCGGUCAGCGUCCUCCGCUCUCUGUUUGCUCUGGGACUUUCUCAUUUCAGCAGGAUUCUGAAUACAGGAGGUGUAGCAUAUCUAAUGACUGUGACGCCAUGGAGUUUGGGCGAAACGGAGCCUCCAAGCACCAGUCUGCAGGUGCAAACAAACAAGGUGCUACCGUUAGUUUCCACGAUAUUCACUAUAAAGUGAAGCAGGGAGGAGGCUGUUUCUGCCUGAAGAAGGCCACAACCAAAGACAUCCUCAUUGACUUGAAUGGACUAAACAGCGCUGGUGUGAAUGUACCUUUAGAGUCAAACCCAGCCUAAUUUACUGCUGCCGGUUUUUCUUCAUUCCUGGAUGUUUUGGCAGCCAGAAAAGACCCUUCAGGUCUGUCAGGAGAAGUCCUGAUCGACGGCGCUCCGCAGCCUCCCAACUUCAAAUGCCUGUCUGGAUAUGUGGUGCAGGACGACGUAGUGAUGGGAACCCUGACGGUCAGACAGAACUUCGCCUUCUCUGCGGCGCUGCGUCUGCCGUCCUCCAUCAGCCAGAAGGAGAAGGAGCAGAAGGUGGAGAAACUGAUCCAGGAGCUGGGACUGGGACGAGUGGCUAACUCCAAGGUGGGAACGCAGCUGAUUCGUGGGAUCUCCGGCGGGGAGAGGAAGAGGACGAACAUCGGCAUGGAGCUGAUCAUCGACCCGCCCGUCCUCUUCCUGGAUGAGCCCACCACGGGGCUGGACGCCAGCACCGCCAACUCUGUGCUGCUGCUGCUGAAGAGGAUGGCAAACCACGGUCGCACCAUCAUCCUGUCCAUCCAUCAACCGCGGUACAGCAUCUACCGUCUGUUCGACAGCCUCACGCUGCUCGUCAAUGGAAAACAGGUUUACCACGGCCCGGCACAGAGAGCGCUGGAGUAUUUCUCUGAAAUUGGAUAUCACUGUGAGGCUCAUAACAACCCUGCYGACUUCUUCCUGGACGUCAUCAACGGAGACUCGACCGCAGUCACCCUCAGCAGCCUGGAAGAAGACGACUCUCAACACGAUGCAGAAUCAAUGUCUAAGUCCAGAAAAGGAAUCGAGGACAAACUGGUGGAGGAGUACAGAAACUGCCAAUACUACAAACAGACAAAAGACGAGCUGGAAAGGAUUUCUCAGGGAAAGCCAACAACCAAGAGUUCUCGGCUCAGGACCAUCACCUACAACACCRGCUUCCUGACCCAGUUCAGAUGGGUUCUCAAGAGAACCUUCCGCAACCUGGCGCUGAACCCGCAAACCUCCAUCGCCCAGGUAGCGGUGACGCUCUUCCUCGCUCUGGUUGUCGGAGCGCUUUUCUUUGAUGUCCAGCUGAAUGACAGUGGGAUCCAGAACAGGACCGGCGCUCUCUUCUUCGUCGUGGUGAAUCAGUGUUUCAGCUCGCUGUCGGCCGCUGAACUCUUCAUCACAGAGAGGAAACUCUUCAUCCAUGAAUACAUCAGCGGUUACUACAGACUCUCUGUCUACUUCCUGUGUAAGAUCCUGUCUGACAUCAUCACUCUGAGGACCAUCCCCGCCAUGGUCUUCACCUGCGUCGCCUACUUCAUGAUUGGCCUGAAGUCGACAGCGGGGGCUUUCUUCACCUUCAUGUUCAGCGUGGCUCUGGUGUCGUACACCGCCACCUCCAUGGCCAUGGCCAUCUCGGCCGACCAGACGGUGGUGGCCAUCGCCAACAUCUACAUGACCAUCACCUGCGUCUUCAUGAUGAUCUUUGCAGGGCUGUUGGUGAACGUAAACUCCAUCGUCAACUGGCUCGCCUGGUUGAAGUACCUCAGUAUACCCAGAUAUGGACUGAGUGCUCUGCAAGCAAACGAGUUCCCCGGUCUGGAGUUCGCCUGGAAAGGAAACAUUUCCUUGUCAGGUGAGGAUUACCUGAAGGAGCAGGGAGUUGAUCACUCCACCUGGGGUCUCUGGCAGAACCACCUGGCUCUGAGCAUCAUGAUCAUCUGCUUCCUCGCCAUCGCAUACCUCAAACUGCGCUUCAUCAAGAAGUUCACAUAAAGCCUUAUGGAAACACUGCAACCAAAAUUUAGACACAAUUUGUUAUUUUCCAUCCAUUUGGUUCAUUGUUGUAUUUACAGUUGUUUAUUCUGUUGAAACCAGAUAUAUCCCUCCCAGAUAACUUGUGAAAUGUUUGGUUCUCACUCCGUGUUAUCACUGCAUCGUGCUGUAUUAGUGUAGCUUUAUUUAGAUUUUUGCACUUUAAUGCUGGAAGUCAUGUAAAUUUAUCUUUAUAUUUGUAAUUUUUUUUCUACAGAAAUAAGUUCCUUUAAAGCAAACAAAUAUGGAAACAGCUUGUUUAAAAAUAAAUGAUUAUAUUCCAAGUUUAUUCUUUAAAUAACUCUUAAUAUUAUUUUUCCCCCAUAAAAGGCCAACUCAUAUCAAGCUUGUUCCAUGUCAUCCCAGUGAACAAGGUAACAUUUGACGCUAAAAAUAAAUUCCUAUAUCAUUUUGUUUUUUCUUUGACCUUUUUAAGAUUUUAUUUAAACAAAAAUAAAUUCAAGCUUUACUAAAU